ACAGGAACACGAACCCAAAGUCACACAUGGUCGUCCAGAUGUACAUCUCUAAGCCAACAAGAAUGAUCAUCGGUUUGUGAUAGAUGCGCCAGAAAUCCUCAAAUAAUUACCGACGGUAGGAAAACUAAGCCGCGCUAGGCCCCGCCCACCAAUUCGCUCGUGCAACCGGAGACUCGCGGAGGGUUCCGCUGCUGUCAGACUCCACCGAUUAACGUUUGCCAGACUUGGAUAAGAGUGGACACAGGGGCUCGGGGCCGGAGAAGGGAUUCACAACAUUUUUGGAAGAGGCUCGUCAGUGGAUUGUGAUCAUCUCGUGAAGGUUGAAGCUGGACACUGGUGAUGUCACUGCAAAUGAAUGAGCCGGAGGGUGCCGUGAAGGUAGAACAGUGGCGGCAGACGUUUUAUGCCUCUGACUCGGGGAUACAGUCGGGAGCCACCACCAUCCGCGAUGAGGAAGAAUUGGAAUGCAGUAGCAGAAAGUUUACAGUCACAUCCACCGCUGUGGAGAACGCCACAGAUAUCGAGGCCCAAUACAGUCUGACUCGUGCUCAGAGAGUACGUGCUGCUAUGUUCCCCGAGACUCUUGUGGAGGGAGAGACGGCCCUCACCACCCAGAGCAACCCAGACCAGCCAACCAAUGUCCAGAGACUGGCCGAACCCUCACAGCUCCUGAAAACAGCCAUCGUUCAUCUUAUAAACUAUCAAGAUGAUGCUGAGCUGGCCACACGGGCUGUACCAGAACUCACCAAACUGCUGGCCGAUGAGGACCAGGUGGUGGUAAACAAGGCCGCCCUCAUUGUAAACCAGCUGACGAGGAAGGAAGCGUCUCGCCGGGUUCUCAUCCAGUCUCCUCAGAUGAUCGCUGCAGUGGUGAGAGCCAUGCAGAACACCGGAGAUCUGGAAACGGCUCGGUGCGCCGCCAGUGUUCUGCACAGCCUCUCCCAUCAGCGCGAGGGCCUGCUGGCCAUCUUCAAAUCCGGCGGCAUACCCGCGCUAGUGCGCAUGCUCAGUUCACCUAUGGAGUCGGUGCUGUUUUAUGCCAUUACCACAUUACACAACCUGUUACUGCACCAGGAAGGAGCCAAGAUGGCCGUUCGUCUGGCCGAUGGUCUUCAGAGGAUGGUGCCACUGCUGAAGAAGACCAACCCCAAAUUCUUGGCCAUCACCACAGACUGCCUGCAGCUGCUUUCUUAUGGCAACCAGGAGAGCAAGUUGAUCAUCCUGGCAAACGGUGGGCCGGAAAGUUUGGUGUUCAUUAUGAGAAACUACAACUAUGAAAAGCUUUUGUGGACCACCAGUAGAGUUUUGAAGGUUCUCUCUGUUUGUCCGAGCAACAAACCGGCUAUUGUUGAAGCUGGAGGUAUGCAGGCCCUCGGCCAACAUCUCACAGGAUCGAGUCAGCGGCUGACGCAGAACUGCCUGUGGACUCUACGUAAUCUUUCUGACGCUGCAACCAAACAGGAAGGUCUCGAUGGUCUUCUGCAAAUCUUAGUGAAUCAGCUCGGCUCGGAUGAUGUGAACAUGUUGACCUGUGCUACGGGCAUCCUGUCAAACCUCACCUGCAACAACGCACGCAACAAGGCCCUGGUCGCUCAGAGCGGUGGCGUCGAGGCUCUGAUCCACGCUGUGCUUCGGGCAGGAGAGAAGGAAGACGUGGCCGAGCCCGCCGUCUGCGCCCUGCGUCAUCUCACGAGUCGUCACCCCGAUGCGGAGCUGGCACAGAAUGCAGUGCGGCUGCAUUACGGCAUCCCCGCUAUCACUAAACUACUGGGUCAGCCGCACUACUGGCCUGUGGUGAAGGCCACAGUGGGUUUGAUUCGCAACUUAGCUCUCUGUCCAGCCAAUCAGGCGCCUUUAAGGGAAUCUGGGACAAUCCCACGAUUGAUCAACCUUCUACUGAAAGCCCAUCAGGAAACUCAAAGACACGGCUCAGGUGCCCAGCAGACCUAUCAGGAUGGCGUGCGUAUGGAGGAGAUUGUUGAAGGUUGUACAGGAGCUUUGCACAUACUGGCCAGAGAUCCAAUCAACCGAGGGGAAAUUGCCAGCAUGCAGACUAUUCCUCUGUUUGUACAACUUCUCUACUCAUACGUGGAGAACAUAAAGCGUGUAUCCGCUGGUGUUUUGUGUGAACUUGCUCUGGAUAAGCAGUCGGCUGAGAUGAUUGAUGCCGAGGGCGCAUCCGCUCCUCUGAUGGAGCUCCUGCAUUCUCCCAAUGAGGGAAUCGCCACCUACGCUGCAGCUGUACUCUUUCGUAUCUCUGAAGACAAGAGUUCAGACUACAGAAAGCGGGUGUCAGUAGAGCUCACACACUCCCUCUUCAAACACGACCCUGCGGCUUGGGAAAUGGCACACGCUGCUAUGCCGCUCGACCCUGGAUACAUACCGGAUGAGUUGGAUCCAGUAUACCAUCCAUACGGUUACACCGAUUUACCCUUGGAUGGUCUCCCACUGGACCCUGACCUUCAUGAGCAAUACAUGCCAGAAAUGACCUAUGACCCUCGACAGGUGUACCCGAAUCCUCUUUGAACCGCGCUGCCAGCAGGUCAUAUGAAGCAGAUGUUGGUGAACGUGGUUUCUUCCCUGCAGCAGGGCCUGAAAAUGUGCAGUGCUAAAAAGAAGAAAACUCAUCACUUGCUUUGGUUCACCACUGGUUGUUUGUAAUGUGAACUCUCGAGCACUGCCUAACUCAUUUCAGUAUCUCGUGCUACUAACAGAGUGACAGCCUAAAGUUGUGUGGUGAUGCGAUAAGCAUGUGAUCAUGACAUGUACAUUUUGUACUUUAUAUUGUUUGUCCAAAGAUAGAAAACUAGACAUGUAGCAUAGGCCUAGCUGGCUAUCUGCUCCGCCACAACAGGGUUUGUUUCGAUUUAUGUUGCUUUCUGUGUAUUUGUGGCUAUCAGAUGUCGCUGCCGGGUAGAAAAAUAGAUAAGAGCAACAAAACUUACUAAGCUACAGUGACAGAAACUUGUUUGUAUAUUCAUAAUCCCACUCUUUCAUUGUAAGAAGACAUUGAUAUUGACAAGUUGCUCUGCCUUUAUUUGCUUAAAGGAUCUAAAACAACUUCUCAUCUGCAACUUAAACAACGCUCACGAAUCUUGUGUAUUUUGGGAUUUUGAGGCAUCCCUAGGCGACAUAAUUUAACGGAAGCACUUUGUACAAACGUUUGGUUGUGUUUUGAGAGCCGAACUGAUAUUCAGUUACAAAUAUAAGGUUUGUGGUUUCAUUGCCCAUUAUAUAUGUGAAAGAGACAUUUUCUUACCCAGAAUGACUUUAGAUGUAUUUUUAUUUCAAACUGAUACAAUACAGCAUUGAAAAUGUCAUGCAUAAUUUUAGUAUAAACCUGUUAAUUUACAGUAACAGGGAUGAGGAAAAUGUUGUAAUAUAUUCCCAUAUUUGUAGUCUAUUUUAGAGAUACCUACACUGUAAAAAAUGUCUGUAGAAAUUACAGUAUUAAUGGGUAUUACUGGCAACUAGCUGCCAGUAACUUACUGUAGAUUUUACAUUUAUGUUAUUUACUGGCAACAUUUUGUUCAAAGUUAAAUGAACAUGAAACAUUUUUUGACUUUAUCUUCUACAGUAAGUUACUGGCAACCAGCUGCAAAAUUACAGCACAU